AUGGCCGCGCGGCUGCUGCUGCGGGCGGUGAGUGCUGUGCGGCCCGGCCCGGCCCGCGGCUACGCCAAGAAACCGGGUGUGAAGGUGAAGGGGAAGAGCGCUCCGAAGGAGCAGCUGAAGGGGCCGGAGGUGUGCACAGACCCCGUCACGUUGGCCAACUACGCCGUGGGGGUCAACUACCUGAAGGACAGCCCCGAGGUGGCCCUGAAGCCCGACUCCGAGUACCCCGAGUGGCUGUUCCAGAUCCACCUCGGCCCCCCCAAGAAGCUGGAGGAGAUGGACCCCGACUCCCUCGAGUACUGGAGGCGCCUGCGGAAGUACAACACGUGGCAGCGCAACAAGCUGAAGAAGAGCAGGAAGCUGUGA